AUGCGCUGUCACUGGAGAGCGCGGGUCACAUGGGCGCGUGACGUCAUCACGGUGCAGCAGCCCCAAGUGGGACUGCCUACUGUUGUGGCUUUCUUCCCUCUCCUCUUCUCGCUCCUGCUACUUUUUACACUCCUCCGACUUGUGGAGCGUGCGGAGCUGCGCGUGGUUUGCCGUCUCAGUCUCAGUAUAGCGCUGGGCUUGGUGCGCUCCGUCCAGAGGCUGCUGCUGCUGUCUGCCUGUGCGCGCCUCAGAGCUGCGGGUUUGAGUGAGGCGCGAGGGUUGGCUGCGUCUCUGUUGGGUGUGUUUAGGCUCAAAGAAUAG